AUGGCCAAAAUGGCGGUUCCUCGAAAGAGAGGAAAAUCCAAGGAUAGGGAUUUUGAUCUGCAGUCUUUAUUCGAGUGGGUAAAAAAUCUGUUGUUUGAUCCCUCUAAGACCUGGAUAGUGGGCAUUGGUCUCCUCUUUGCAGAGAUGGUGGUAAAUAUUGUGGUCAUAUGGAAAAUUAAGUGUGAGUAGCCUGUCCUGCCAGGUUUCUGCUGACUUUUUAGUUCUUACAGCUUUCGUUUCAUCUCAUUUUUUUUUCUUCAAAAAAUAUUGAGGAGACCAAGUCAAGGUGUGGGGUUUGAUGUGACCAGCACUGAGUAAGUGGGAGGGGAGAGGUCUGGCAUUAGAUUUAUUAGAUUUAUUAUAAUUUAAUUAUUUAUUAGAUUUAUUUAUUUUUGGUCUAUCCCCAUGGGGUAUACUGGAGGACCCUCCUGACCAGGGUUCCAGACAGGAGUAAGCCUUUGGAGGUUUUUUGAGGAUUGUAAAUUUCAAAGUGAAGGGAUUUUUCAAGUAAUAGAGUGAGAUUAAAAUUCACGUUUACGCCAAACAGCAGAUAUGAAUUUGUACCACGUGACCAAGUUUUCCCCUUAUUUUCCGUUUACUCUUUAUUGCUUCUACACAAAAAUAAGUAGGUUUAUGCCAGUUUUAACCAUAGGAAUCGUUCGGGACUGUUUUUAUCUGCUUAUUUUCUAUUCUGAUGUUGCCGUUUGCGGUAAACAUGAAUCUUAAUCUCUCUAACAUCAUUGUGUGAAAAGUUGGUGGUAAGAAAAAUUUGAUUUUUUUAAUAUCUCAUAUAUCAACCAUUCAGCCUUGGAUAAUGCAUGUCUAGCUUUGUUAUUAGUUCACUGGAUCCCUGUUAAUUAGCUGUUAUAUACAUACUUUUGACCUUGUAUGUAAAGUGAGUGUGACAGUGACUAGGUGCUGAUCUAGGAUAAAUACUGACUGAUUUCCUAAAAUGAGUGCCAGAGGCACAAGCUUUCAGGGGGUUCCAUCUGGUAGCCUGCGUAGCAAGCGUUUCCUCGCGAGGUUCGUCUAGAAAGCUGGGACAAGAGCAAAAAAAAAAAUGAAUGACGGGGGAGGGGGUGGGAAACUCUCUUCUCCCCUCCCCCUCCCCCUUCAACCUUUUUUUGCUUCCGCUCUACCUUUCGCUCAAUAACUCGAUUGGAAACGCUUACUACGCAGGCUACCAUCUGGGGGCAUGCUUCUCCCAAAAUUUUAUUGGAUUUUAACACCCUAUAGUCCCCUUUCCUGGGUUUCUUAGUCAUUCAGACAGGAUACACCACAGGCAGACCACCCUCUGUUAGUGGGGGCCGUUGUUGAUUGAAAUCUGAGCAACGAUCUUUUGUUAUUUAUAGAAGAAAUACAUAUGAACAAUACGGUGGCUGUAAUUUGUUCCAAAAUGCAGAAUUCAAAGCAAAUUUUUCAAUAAACGUUUGAGGAAAAUGCUAACUGAGCCAUGUGUCAUGUUUUUUUCGCCGUGUGGUGCUGUUUUAAGCGCUAUUUUGCGAGAUGAAUAUUUGACCUCGGCGGUUAGAACUAAAGAAGGAGACAAGGCAGGCAGCAAUCAGCCGCCCGUGCGUGACCCAGUCCAAUUUACGCUGGAACUGACGCCAAACUAUUUAAUUUCUUACCUCGAAAAUACCGGCUCCCGAUCCAGUAGAUAUGUAUCCAUGCCCCAUCCGAAUGAGAGCUCAGUCCUUCCAAAAUUUCUCGAGAAAAGUGAUCCUGAAGUUGAAAGACCAGCUUUCUCAACAUGACCGGUGCACAAAACUCAACCAAAGGCAUUUGAGGUAUGCGCGUCGAUUCAAAUCCACCAAUCAGCGUAUCACGACCGUUGGCAGUUCAAAACCACAACCCUACCCCACACAGGGAUGUUUGUUUGGUCGUGAUACACUGAUUGGUGGAUUUGAAUCGACGCGCAUACCUCAAAUGCCUUUGGUUGAGUUUUGUGCACCGGUCAUGUUGAGAAAGCUGGUCUUUCAACUUCAGGAUCACUUUUCUCAAGAAAUUUUGGAAGGACUGAGCUCUCAUUCGGAUGGGGCAUGGAUACAUAUCUACUGGAUCGGGAGCCGGUAUUUUCGAGGUAAGAAAUUAAAUAGUUUGGCGUCAGUUCCAGCGUAAAUUGGACUGGGUCACGCACGGGCGGCUGAUUGCUGCCUGCCUUGUCUCCUUCUUUAGUUCUAACCGCCGAGGUCAAAUAUUCAUCUCGCAAAAUAGCGCUUAAAACAGCACCACACGGCGAAAAAAACAUGACACAUGGCUCAGUUAGCAUUUUCCUCAAACGUUUAUUGAAAAAUUUGCUUUGAAUUCUGCAUUUUGGAACAAAUUACAGCCACCGUAUUGUUCAUAUGUAUUUCUUCUAUAAAUAACAAAAGAUCGUUGCUCAGAUUUCAAUCAACAACGGCCCCCACUAACAGAGGGUGGUCUGCCUGUGGAUACACACAAUAAGGUUGAUUUUCCAGCUGAAAUCUCACAGCAUGUCUAAUACCAAACCAUUUUCCAGAUUUCAACUUAGAAAGUGUUUUCUUUUUAUUAAAAAUAUAUUUAUUGUGAAAAAUCUGACCGAUUUCCGAAAAAUGGUGGAAAUCGGUGUAGAUCGGGGCCUGGUGACAGUGGUGAAGUUGGACGUUGUAUCAGCCAGAAUCCUGUGUAAUUACAGAGGGCAUUUUGUAUGAUAUAUGUAAUGUAACGAGAUAAUCAUUCUGAAUUGGCCUUGAGGGGGUAUGAGAUUGGUUAUAGCCAACUUGCAUCCAACAUGGACUCAUGGAAUUAUUUUAAAAAUUAAUAUUCUUCACUUAUUCAGUUUUUUAACUUCAAUUUUUAGAUACAGAGAUAGAUUGGGAAGCUUAUAUGGAUGAAGUUGAAGGUGUGAUAAAUGGGACAUAUGACUACACCUACCUGAAAGGAGAAACCGGACCACUAGUGUAAGAGCACAUUCUACUAUCAGUCUAGUAAUCCGGGGGGGGAAGUACUCUUUGGAAUUCUUGGUUAGGGUGCACUCCCUAGUUCUCAAAAUCUUUACCCUGUUUCAGACCAAAACAUGUUAUUUUGCACUGCGCCUGUUUUCUGGCGUGGGCUCAAGUAAUAUAUCAAACAUGAGAUGCAGUGUUUCAUCACCAGAUGAAACACCGAGAAGAGAGUUGAAAAUACGACGCGCAGCGGAGUAUUUUUGACGAACUUCGAGGUGUUUCAUCUGGUGAUGAAACACUGUGUCGAAUGUUUGAUAUUUCUUCUCAAACAAAAUCAUUUUUGAAGGAGAAAUUAAGGAUGCAAAUACUAAGCAGUGUUUCAUCCGAUUUCCAAACACUCAUUAAACAUUAAUUUCCUUUGUAUUUUCUUAAUGAAUUAUUAAUGAGUUUGAGAAUAAUGUAUGAAAUGUGGAUAAUGCUAUCAACUGGAUCAAUCUUUAUCUGGUGGAUAAUGCAAUUGGUUUCCCAAAUAUUCUAGAUAUUCGCUGGAUAGUGAUUUAUCCAGUAGAUACUGCUAUCUAAUGUUUGCACAGUGGUGACCUGCGUCUAAAAUCCCUACCCAUUUUUAGUUAUGCUCAGUUUGCGAACCCAUCAUCUUGUCCAAGUGAAGUCAACUAUUUAAUUAAACUUAUUAGUAAUAUUGGACACUGAAGACUGUUUUAAGCAAAAAUAUAUGUUGAUGCUCAGUCUCUUGGUUCCCUUGAAAAGAAUACCUAUGUCAGACCCUAUUAAUGAGUGAAAUCUAUACUCAUUUAAACCAGAACAGUUCCAAAACCACAUCCUUUGGGUGGCACACAGCUUUGUACCUUACUUACAGGAGUACCCCCACCUCCAGGAGAAUUUAUAUCUUUUUAAAAGGCAGUCAGCAUUUUGAGGAUCCACUUCUCCCUUCUUCUUCCCCCCAACAGAUGGUAAAGGUGACAUGACAUCUUGCAAUGACAAUGACAAAAUAACGUUGCAAAAUCAGAGUCAGCCAGGGAGGUUAUUGUCAUAGGUCCUUUCUAUGACCAGUUGCUUGUGGCUCUGUAACCAAAAAGUGCAUCAUUGAAAAUUUGGAAAAUUUCAAAAAGUACCACAGCAUGUUUUUGAGUAAAUACAAUACGUUAUAGAAUGUUUCCCUUGCCGUACAUUCCACUGUAACUGGGGCAAAGAACUUCGUCCAUUAUCCCCAAAUGUUUAUUACAUACGGUUCAUUACAUAAUGGGGUUUUACUGUGUUUCCUAUGGGAUCAGCCACUUAGUGUUGAAAUUAGAUAUAUGUAUAUAUUUUUAAUUUUUAUUUCCUUUAGUUACCCAGCUGGGUUUGUAUACAUAUUCACUGGCUUGUAUUACCUGACUGGUCAUGGAACAGAUAUCAGGACUGCUCAGUAUAUUUUUGCUGCUCUUUAUAUUCUCACGCUGGUUUGUGUAUUUGCAAUUUACCAAAAAACUUCUUCGGUAAGUCUUGAAAUUACAACUAGAUAACAAGCUAGCUAUUCUUUUACCGUUACAGUGUCAGAAAUAUCUUUACUGUCGUGGAAUGAUGAAAUACCAUUAAUUUCUCAGCACUUUGAAGAAAUGGAAUCGUAACAUUUUUUCUCGAAAAUUAUUUUGACAUUUGGGAAUUACUUGUGAAUACUAUAAACAUGAAGUUAUGCAGUGGUUUUGAGGCGCAAUAUUCAACAAAAUACGAGUCCCUUGGGAUAUUUCAUGAUCUGCUAAAAGGAACCAUUAUUUAGUAUGACCUUUUUAUCCAGCUGGGCCUAGAGAAUAUGUAGGUAUUUAGUCAGCGCUUGAAACAGUUCCAGCUUGUCCCUGAAACUCAUGUUACUUAUGGCACAAUUUGCUAACAAUAGUUUACUUGAGCGUGAAGGGUUAAUGAAAAGAAGGACAUAUUUAUCUGGAUAAAAAUGCAAAGAUAUUUCAAUUCACUUAUUCUUUGACAACGAACAUCCUUGUCCAUUUUUCUGCUUAAAUGGUGAAUAAAAUCCCCAUUAAUAAAAGAAAAAAUCAUGUGGUGGAGGGUUACCAAAACUACUGUAAGACAUCAAAACUGCUCACCCACCUCUCCCCUAACUAACAAAAGAGCAAAGUGUUGGGUUAAGGGAGGGGUAGGUGGGCAGCUCCCGAGAAUCAUAGGACCAGUAUAAGAUUCUAAAAAACUGACCAUAUACGCCUCCCCUAACCUAAGGUUAACACUCAUUUCUUACUUAAGGCAAAAUGUUGAGUUAGGGGAUGGGUAGGUAGUAGUUUCCCAGAAUCUUACACUGAUUCAUAUUUUGCUUUCCCUUAGGUUCCUCCUUAUGCUUUUUUCUUUAUGUGCUGUGCCUCAUACAGAAUUCAUUCAAUUUACAUUCUACGCCUCUUUAAUGAUCCAGUGGCAAUGUUCUUCCUUUACCUUGCUGUGAACUGUUUUUUAUUUAAUUGGUGGAGUAUUGGAUGUCUUAUGUUCAGGUAUGAUGUAAUUUUAAAAUUGUAUAAGUGGGAACAAUGGAGUAUAGAAAGCAUGGAAUUCUUCAUUUUGUGGGUAUAAUAUGUAGAUUAAAAAUGCUGGAUUUCACUGCCCAAAAAUGAAAAUAAAUUUAUGGACAAGUUGUAAUGACAUGGAAAUUUUAUGUAUCAUUUGACAGUUCCUAUGAGGUGAUGGAACUGUAACAUGCAUGGCUAUGCAAAGUUAACAACUUCAUUGUAAAGAGAGUGGAAGAGGAUGCAUGCGGUGCCCAGGGGCUUUCGAUUUUGGCGUAGUCAGCCCCCAGUUAGAGUUAUUCCCCCUUUAAGCUGGUAGACCCACGCCUUCCUGGCAUGAGCUCCCGUAUAGAACCAGGCCCCCAUCUCUCUGACUAAUCAGUGGAAAAAUAAAGAGGGUUAGGCAUAAGGGUAAGCUUAAGAUCCAAAGGCUAAAUGAAGCCCAGUGGCAGCCAUGAAGGGCUGUACCAAGGACAGGGAGCUGAUACAAACAGGGCUGACCAUGCCUGUGCUUCCAAACUGAUGGCUGACUGAGUUAGGGAUCCUUGUACUCAGGGUGCCAGAGGCUUUUCAUGUGCAGUUCCCGGUUUUUAUCAAGUCUUUUCGCUCAUGCAUGUCUUUGGCCUUUUGCCAAAGACACGUUGGCCUAUGGCUGAUAACGCUUUUUGCCUCAUGUUGAACGCGAGGAAAAAACCUCUGGUAACCAAUGCAAAGUAGGUUCCUUGUUGUUAACUUUGUUAAAUUUCAUUUAAUUGCAGUAUAUUUCAUGUAUUUACUGUAAGGCAUUUCAUUCCAAGGCCUCUUUUCAAACACCAAUCUCAACUCUCUGUUUUUAGAUGAUAACAUUAUUGAUGAGAGAAUUUUUUGUUCCAUUUUUUUUAUUAGCCUGGCUGUCAGCAUUAAGAUGAACAUUUUGCUGUUCGCCCCUGGCCUUUUGCUUCUUCUCUUUAAAUCCUUUGGUGUGUGGUGGACAAUUCCUAGACUAGCUUUGUGUGCUGUAGUACAAGUAAGAAAAAUACUGUAGGGAGUUUCCACAAUGGCAUCAUUUUAUGCAACAUCUUAAAAUUUUAAUACAUUUCUUUCAAGUUCCCCGUUAUUAUCCCUCAAACUUACAAUUAUUGAAGUAAAAUGUGGUGUAUUUUUAUCUUUAAACAUGCUUUUUUUCUCUUUUUUUUCAGCUUGUACUUGGUCUCCCUUUUCUGUUAGAAAAUCCCGUUAGCUACGUAACCAUGGCAUUCAACUUAGGACGACAGUUUCUAUUUAAGUGGACAGUCAACUGGAGAUUUCUACCUGAAUGGCUUUUCCUUGGUCGUUAUUUUCACAUUACCCUUCUUGCUUGUCACCUAACAGUUUUGUUGCUUUUUUAUCUUUGCAAGUGGACUAGGUAUGUUGUCCCUUGUAAAUAUAACACUACCUUUUCUUGAAUUGAAAUAUUUGAAACAAAUCAUUUUUGAACUGUGGAUUAUGAUAGAAAGUGAACAUUAUCUUCGCAGUUGAAUAACAACCCAAGCGGUUGAAAAAGAAUCUGAAAAAGUUCAGGCCGGACCGGGAAUCGAAGCCUGACCUUUGUGAUGACCGGAUGCAAAGCCCUAUCCAUUCGGCUAAUCAAGCCAACUGGAGAGCGGGCCAUUGUGAGUUUGUGACAUACCCGAUGGGUGAAAAAUGUCAAUUGAAUGGCAAAAGAUCAUGUUCACUUUUACCACCUUUUCUUUCACAAUCAAUAUUUUGGAGGCAUGUAUUGUGAAAACUAGUAAUAUAAAAAAUAUAUUAUUACAAUAAUAAUUAUUAAUUAUUAAUAAUAACUAUUAUUAUUCAUCUUGUUUUUUUAUGACCCAGGUGUUGCUAGUUCAAAUGCAUGUUUUAUUGUUUUCAAUUUUGCUUGACAGAAAAUCAGAAACACUGAAAAGUUAUUUCAAGAGGCCAUUUCAAAGAGCUACUGUAACUGCAAAUCAUAUCCUUUGAUGAUACAAGGUAUCAGAUAGGAGGGUCCUUUUUAGAGAGAUGCUUCAAGGAGGUGCUAUUUUACAGAGAUGCCUUUCUUUGAAUUCCAAGAUAUGCAAAAAGAGAUAAAAAAUUAAUUUAAUUAAAUGUCAACAUAAUGUGUUCCUGUCUAAUUUUCUGGUUUUUCAUUUUCAAUGGUGACCUCACGUGGCUGUAACCUGGUUUGACGGUCCUUUUUGAAAAGAAAGAUCAUUUGCAGGCCUGACCAGGUCUGUUGGGGUUCAAGAAAGAGUGACCAAAAUCAAUUUUCUCCUAACAAUUUCAAUAUAUUAUCUCGAGAAAAGGUUUUAAGAGUUAAAAAAUUAAUCAGUAAAGGGAAAAUGCUCUGAUCUUUAAACUAAUUCUCUCAACUACGCUUUUUAAGGAAAUGUAUGAAGCUCAGUCUGGUGUAUUUGUGUAUGUGGGCUUUAAGCCUGGGAAAAGAAAACAAGUAAAGACAUUUGCUUAUUAUUGCUAUUAUUAUGAUUAUGUCCAUUCCUUGUAGACUCAGGCAGGAUGUUCGUCCUGGUUCAUAUUCCUUGGGAGCGGGUUACAAUAAGUCACCAUGGGUCCCAGGUCUCUCUUUUCCUUCUUCUUACAGGGACAAUACUUUCCUUAGUAUCUUUGCUGUCGCCAACAAUACCGUUUUCUGGAUAACUUCCAACCUCACGUUCACUCCUAUUCGCUUCAUGAACUCUUGACUGAUACGGCUCCCAGGGCCCCAAUAGCAAUAUGCACUACAAUGACUUUUCGCAUGCGCCAGACAAUUAUUAUUAUUAUUAUUAUUAUUAUUAUUGAUAUUAUUAUUACUAUUAUAUUCCUUAACUAUGAAUACAGAUUGUUUAUAUACUGUUUGUUUCUAAUUUUAUUGGCAUGGCUUUCUCACGAUCCCUACAUUACCAGUUUUACGUGUGGUAUUUUCACACGCUACCCUUCCUGUUAUGGAAAACAAAUCUCUGGGUGUCUGGAAAGUAAGUGACCUGCUCUUAAUUCUUUUGAAAUAAAAAUAAAUGUGGUAAAUCUUGGAAAGAAGUGGACCAUAUACCCAAGUUAAUGUCACCAAGAGCGCUGCUAAGAAGAUAACUUAAAUGGUCAAAACAAAGGAUAUACCCCAGUCUCGUACUCAAAAGAAUGCUGGCGAUCUCUUGUUAGGGAGUCUAAGCAACAGCGACCGCGACGGCUACGAAAAUGUCACUUUUAAAAAAAGUGAAUUCGCGCUGCUCAAAAUUUGUCGCGCUUAUUCCAUCUCAUUUAAUUCGUCAAAUGUAGGCAAAUUUUUUUGGAGUUGAAUCCUGAAGGCCUGUAUCAAAGUUCAGUAAAAGAAAGUUGUUGUCUUCUGUCCCCGUCCUCGAUAAAACGUGAAAUCGUUGUAGUCGUGCAACGACGCCUAAGAAAUGUACAAAAAAGCGUGAUGCACGUGCAGAGUUGUUGUUUUGCUGAUCUAACCUAUUACCUUUUUGCCGUUCUCGUUGCCGUCGCCGUCGCCGUCGCCGUCGCCGUCGCCGUCGCCGUCGCCGUCGUCAUUGCUUAAGUUCCUUAUUAUUCGCAGAUACUUUUAGUGGGGUAUAUGAUCACGCGGGCGGGAGAAGGGAGGUGAGCGGCAAGGCAGAUAGAAACGUGAGGUGAGAAGAGAAGUGAAAUCUUCCUUCUCCUUCUCACGCUGAUGACCACAUUUUACGCGCCGCGUCGCGAUUCUGAAAUGGAGAGCUUGCACCCAUGCGCAGACUAACUUCUGUCUAAUUGUUUCACUAGGCUCCUUAUCUUGGGUGUGAUAGAACUAUGUUGGAAUACGUAUCCCUCCACUGUGGUCAGCUCUGUCUCCCUGCACGUUUGUCAUGCUGUGCUUUUGGGUGCCCUGUGGUUUGCUGAGCCACUUUUUGCCGACAAAGCCGCCGACAAUGCACGUAGUAACGAAAGCAAAAAGGAAUAAUCAACAAAGACAGAGUCGGAAUGCCCAGAACUAGUCUCUCGUUUUCCUUUGGUUUGUUUGUGUAUUGUUUCUGCAUUUCCCGUUGUUGAACAGACGACGUUGUCAGCACCAAAUUAAGAGGGAAUUCACCUUUUUUCAAAGUCUGGACCUUGCACAAUAAGUCACAUGUGUUUUUAGUAACUGCGAACGUUUUGCUUAAGAAAGUUACAUCUAAUUUACUGGGAAAUGAAUUUCAUUAACGUCGGAACGAAAUUUUUGAAAUUAAAGACUGCAGCAAAACAAACGACUAUGUUAAUCCUUUAAGUGGACGAUCAGGAGUUUUACAUAAAGACGAACAUUCUGUGCUGCCCAUCGGACAGAAUGCCUAUUGUUUGCGGGUCAUUUUACUUACAUUUGACUUAGAGAGGAUAGGUCUGUAAUAUUACAGGAAAAUUAAGGGACUGUAAACUGCCUGUAAGAAACUUUAAUGCAGUCCAAACAAUUUAGUGAUAGAACACUUCAUCUGACAAUAUACUACAAUAUCGCGAGGUGACCAGAAAAUCGCGAAGAAGUUUAAAAGAUGGCGAAUGCCUACGUUUUCACUUCUGUCAUGGAGGUUGCGUAGAUACCCUGUCAGUUAAUUAGCAACCCCCGUCUUUCACAUCCGCACUUUGUGUACGCAGGCUUCAAAGAAAUACUAACAAUAAU